AACUUUCUCAACAAUGUCAAUUAUCACUACUACAUUAUCUAUCCGCCAUCCUUUUUAGAGCAAUAUCAGCAAUGGUGGGCUUCGCGAGCCGAGAAUCAACCACUGAGCAUUCAAUGGACUUGCCUUCUUCUCACGGUCUGUGCAUGUGCAUCGCAGUACACGGAUGUCGAACUGCAGAGACAACUCGAAGGUGGCCUUGGUCAUCCUAUUCAGCGAAUUGCCGAACAAUACCACGAAGCUGCUCGAGAGCUGGCAAGUGCUGUUCCUCUUGGCCACAGUCAUUUCACCAAUGUCCAACAACUACUGCAUUCCUGUUACUGGUUCAAGUCAGAAGCCCGUUUUGUUGAGUGCUGGCAUGUGCUAAAUGCUGCUAUUCGAGAAGCACAGGAGCUUUCCAUCCACAAAGAAGCCAAGGCUGGCUCUCUAUCUGAAUUAGACCUGGAGAUGCGACGAAGAAUAUGGUGCAUCCUUGACACUUGGGACUGGUGAGAAGCGCUCCAUAGUACCUUCCGUGGCCAUAUGAAUACUAAAUUACUCAUGUGAAGGCAAAUAUCUACGCUUUUAGGCAAACCCCUAAUCAUUGACCGAAACGACUGCGACGUAGGCCCCCCACGACUCGGCUUGGAGGGCUAUCAAUAUUCACCCUUGACCCAUAUGAAGUUGCAGUCCAGCUUAAUUCGGCAGAUAUCUGGAAGAUUUGGACAUACCAAGAACAUCACGGCCCAUGCAGAUGUUCAGGAAUACCAAAGAAUUGUUGAAGCUUGGGUUGAUACCUUCCCUCCCUCUCUGAGUGUUCAUAACCCAGAUAGAUCGUUAGACGCAUCGUGCCCAUGGAUCGUUCUGCACAGGCAUAUGAUCCGUACUGUCACAUUCACAAUGCUUCUCCAACCCAUCCGAGGCUUUCUGACAAGGCCAUUUGCUAUUCGAUCUCUGGAAGCCGAGUUGAAAAUACGCAGUGAUGGUAUAGACUACUGUCUGGAGCUUAUGAUGUCCUUGCGUGGCUUCUUUGAUCAUUUGUACCCAAGGGAUGCCAAGUAUCAUUUUGUUCUGUUCUGCACCUUCGAUAUUUCAACCGUGCUGUGUUCGGCAGUUCUUCACGAUGAACAGCAUACGCUCCCUAGGCGGGACGACGUUUACAAAGUUAUAGACGAAGCACAUGCCAUGCUGCAAAACUUCAGAACGGUGACAAAAUCAGCCAAGGCAUCAUAUGGGAUUUUGACCCGAAUCGUCCAACGACUUCCCAGGACAACGCAAACAUAUGAAACGUCGGGGAAGAGACCAAAGGUGUUGGCACCACAGGUUUCGGAAGACACUGCAUCGCCGCAGACAAUCCCUCCAGUUGGCAUCCCGAGCCAGCAGAAUUCACCUCCCGCGGCCAAUUUCUCACCUUCGCCAAUAAAUAUGCCUACUCCUGGAGUACCGUCUCCAGUAUACUCCUUAGCCAACGGCCCCCCAAUGGCUGGCGGCUUUGCACCUUCUGCAAUGUAUACCGGCCCUCCGCAAUGCGGCGACUGGCAGUCACAGUUGUAUAUGCAGGACCCAGCGACGUUUGCGCCCACCCAGUUCACUUCCCAGGGUGCCAUAUUUGCGAACAUUUCUGACGAGGAGCUUGGCGAGCUGGCAAAUGUUUGGAACUAUCAGUCCCUUGAUUUCAGCUUCAUAAACUCCUAGAUUGUGUUCUCCAAAUGACCGAAAUUUGGGCUACGUGUUGCAGAGUGCUCGUCAAUGAUGACGAGGGAUAUCCUGUGACUGGGAUGUCACUCCCGAAGACAUCGCCACAGGCAGCAGCUAUUAACUGCCGUACGCGAUCAUGAUUGGUAUUGCUGACCGCACGCAAAAGCAAUGAGAGAGGCCAGGCAUCAAGAUGUGUUGACACGUAUGUGGCGACGAAUCAACUUUUCAACGUUCACGAGAGAUGAGGAGCAUAUCUUCAAGAGACGAGAAUGGACAAAACGUAUUUACGAGAUUAUGAGACAAACGAGUGCUAUAAUAGAUUGAUAGAAGCGUCUAGAUUGUGAAUAUUAUUGC